UUGUACCUCCAUCCUGUUCUUUAAAAAUCAAUCUUUUACCUCCUAUCUAUACCCAACAGUUUUGUGCCUCAAUUUGCAUUUUCAAAAAAUCUUUUACUGCGCUUCACUUGUUGUAACAAUACUAUCAAAACUCCAUUAUCAUAAAGGUGUGUACAACUCUUUUGCAGCUUCACAAACUCAGUUCACGCGCACCCCGUAGCUCUGUAGUUUGUUGAAGUUCUUAGAGCUGGAAGACAAUUUUGAUGUAAAUCUUUUUUGAAUAAAUCGUACACACCAAAAAAUCAUAGAUUGCGACAAGAAAUAAAUUUUGUCUGAGCAAACACAAUUGACAUCACGGUUGGUAGGAUCCAAAAAUUUAAAUUCCAAGAAUAAAUUCAGGACAAAAGGAUCGCACUAUAAAAUCCGAAAAAAUACAACAAAUCUACAUUCGAAAAAAAUCUCACAAGAUCUGCGAGCAGCGGCGUGUUUUGAAAUAAACAUCGCAGUUCUUGGGAAGGAGCAUAAAUUUCUUUUGAGUACACAACAACACAAAAAUUACCAAUAAAACUCCUUACAGUGACCAAUAAAAAGCGGCUUUUUGAAAGUUUCGAAGCAGUUCUAACUUACUCCGAUAGAGCUUGUUUUCGAGGCUGACAGAAUUUUCGCUGGUCAAAAGUCUCAAAAGAAUUUGAGGCGUGAAAGUACAAGUAGAACUUGAAAAAACGAAAGACAUAAAUCAAGCUAAUAGGCACAAACAGUCGCGUUACUUAUUCACAAGCUUGCUUUUUAUCGCUAAGAACAUCAACUAGAACCCAAAUCGAAGAGUUCUCAAACCAAUCUUUUUCAACACCAAAAAGCUUAUUUUCUCAAAUACAAAAUCACAGAAUAACUACCAAUCGUGCUAUUUGAAAUUACAGUAUUACUAAGAGAAAACCGCGCUACUUUUACGAGCUUUUCGUUCGAUAAUUGAAGCAGAAACUUUUGGAUUUUACAAGUAGAAAAGAGUUUGUAUUAUCCAUAAUUCUUACUGUAAUAUUGAUAUUCUCAAAACCACUAGCACCGGCAGAAUUUCAUAUUCUGAGUUUUGUAUUUUCUUAAACUAUAUCAAAUGUAAAAAUGUCUGGGUCUGGAAGGUUACCAGGUUUGUCAUGCAUAUUUUACAUGACUCAGGAUGUCUGUAAUGCACGAUCUGGCAUCACAUAUUUUCAGAGGCCUUCCUGAUGCCUAUUCCCCAUGACAAAUGCCCUCCCCGCGUAGCACAAACCGGGCUCCUAUUGCUGGUCAUGCAAUACAGAUUUUUUUAGAGUCCAGAACUAGCAUCACAAGUUCCAACCUUCCAGACCCAGACAUUUUUACAUUUGAUAAACUACGAAUCGCCAAGAGCAAGACCACCGCUCGGUCAAGAGAAAAUAUUCACUGUUUGAUAUUUACAGCGACCUGUGCCUUUAAGAUUCAUACGAAAUUUUCUUGUUAGUUGAAAAGCAAGAGUGCAGCUACUCGUUCAAUGGAAAGAACAAGCAGCACAAGAAAGAGUUAUAAUAUCACUUUUUCUCGGCUCGCACGCGCACGCUCUGUUGUACUUGUAACAUCUUCUCGUGGUCUUCCUACCGCUCGGAUUCUGCCCCCUACUUCCGGCCAUGACAACUUCUGUUGAGGCCGCUGAUAGUACAAGGAACAACAACACCGAGCAAGAACUACCAGUAGAUCAAUCUAGCGCUCUCUACGUCUCUAAAUCUAUCGCCCAGGAAAACAAGCUUUCUCAGCGCAGUUCGGAGCCCACCACUGGUACCCCCAGCACGGUUGGCAACGACAUUUUGCUGUCUCGCGAGCAGCAGAGCUCGUCCACGAACUCCGGAGCCGAGGAUUCCAUGUCCUCCGCGACCGCCGCCGGCUCCACCCCGGCAGCCAUGAAGCUGCAAGCCGACACUUCUGAUCUGACCCCGACGACGGUCGCUCAUGGGGAUGUUGCGGGUGCUGGUGACAUCACGCCCGUUACACCCGCGCCGAAGGCAGAGCAGGGGAAGAAGGCGGAAGAGGAGGAGGAGGAGGAAUUCUUGGUGUGCGAAGAAAUUCCGGAACCAGGUAUUGAAAUUUUUGAGGUGCUAUAAUCCGCUUCUUGAAUUACGUGCUGUUUCAUUUUGCCAACAACGACAAGGUGAUACCUUGGAGCAUGAAAAUCUUCACACUACAUUUUUCCUAAAUCCUAUAUCCCCAAGACCCGCGGAACAAGACAUUUACAGACACCGGAAAAGUUAGUAGAUCUUUAUUUGGAACCGAACUGAAAGGAAAUCUAAAUCUUCAGCAACGUGCUACACGACAUCACUCUUCAGGUAUGCGCAACAUCCCGUUGAUCAACGGUGUGGCGCAAGUUCGGGACGAAGACCUGGUCGGGGACGGCUCCGGCGACCAAAACAUCUCCACCAUUUCCGCGGAUGAGGUCCGGGAGGAACUGAACCGCAUCAAGAUGCGCCUUCCCAAGCUGAAAUUCGAACUGGAGACCCCGGAGCACAUAUGACAGUGCACAACUCCCCCUCCCCCUCUAUUGUAUAGCAUGAACGGCAAUACAAGCAUCCGCAAUAAUGCCGGUUUUGCAUGACAAAUCUGCACUGGAGUUGUGUAGCGCGAUUUGGGCACUACCAGAAGUUGUCAUGCAUAAUAGUGACAAGGACAAAGCGUGGAUUUGGUAUUUUGCAUGAGAAAUGAGAACGAGGGGGGGUUGUGCACUCUCAUAGCACAUCCAGAUGCUCCGCGAUUUCCGGACCGAGCCGUGUGACUUGCCGCUGAGGCAGUGCUUGCAGAAACGGGGCAAGGGGUGUCUCAAGUACCACAACUCCCAGCACUUCCGCCGCCCGUUGCUGCAGGAGGAUGGGUAUCAAAUGCAAAAAUGUCUGGGUCUGGAAGAAUGCGCGAUUUGUCAUGGAGUUUUUCCAAGCUCCACCAAGUCUGGAAUGCAGGGCCUAGCAUCACAGGUUUUGCAGCCCCUUGGUGAUGCCCAUUAUGCAUGAGAAAUGCCAUCUCAGCAUGGCGAGAAAUGGGGACCUUUUGCAAGUCAUGCAACACAGAUUUUUGUAUGAUCCGCAACACGCAUCACAAGUUCGCAUCCUUCCAGACCCAGACACUUUUGCAUUUGAUAACGGGGAGACGCUGGCGUACUUCGACAUGCUGUGUCGAUUCGGCGACAACUGUCCGUUGAUGAUGGACUGCCCCUUUGCGCACUCGAAAACGGAAUUGUUGGUCCACCCGGCGAAGUUCAAGACGCGGUGCUGCGACAGCUUCAAGUGCUUCGACGACAACUGCUGCUUCGUCCACGAGGGGGACCGGGACCGGCGGGAAUUCGCCGUGCACUACUCGUUUGUCACGGAGGCGCACCCAGAUGACUUCCAGCCAUUGACCUGCAUCCCGGGGAAUGAGAAUUACGUCAAGCCGAGGGGUAUGAUCUUUUUAUUUACUGGUUGAAUUAUCUUCAUCGAAGUUGACGUUCAUCUUGUGGUUCACAAAUGUCUAGCAUGUGUCUACGUGGUCUUUAAUUCUAAAACACAAUCACAAAUGUGCAUUAAAAAUCCUGUGCUUCUCUAUGGAACAACAAUAAAUGCCAAUGAAAUUAUAUCACAAAUCAAACUCUUACUCUUUAACUUUAUCAGGCGGCAAGCUCUGUGGUUCGUACCCGAACCCCUCCAACUGCCCCUACGGCACCCGGUGCCGGUUCGCGCACCGGCGCCAGGAGCUUGGGAACCUCCUUUUCCGCCCGAGUGAGGAGAAUGUCCAGGAGAUUACGGAUGAAUUCUUAAUUCUGAAGUACAAGACCAAAUGGUGCCCCCACCUCUACCAGCACAACUGGACCUACUGUGUGUACGCGCACAACUACCAGGACUACCGGCGGAACCCGCAGGUCGGCUACGGCCCCGUGCCCUGCCCGUUUUGGGAUCCCCGCGACACGGCGAAAUCCAGCUACAACGACCGGUGUAAGUUCGGCGCGCAGUGCCCUUUUUCCCACGGCUCGAAGGAGCGGGCGUACCACCCCCUGAACUUCAAGGUCUCCACGUGUCAGGACAUUGGGCCGGGCGAGGACCGGGCGGAGUGCACGCGCGAGCCCUUCUGUGCGUUCUACCACAACGACUUGGAUAAAAGACCGAUCGUCCCCCACGUGAUGAACUAUUCCAAACCCUUACCGAUUGAGAACUUGGUGAAGUACCUGCAGAAGGACUUUUUCGACGCCGGGAUCGGGUACAACCACAACGCCAAGCGGUUGAAUAUGCAUUGCAAAAAUGUCUAGGUCUGGAAGGUUGCAACUUGUGAUGCUGCAUUUGGAUACUACCAAAAUCUGUAUUGCAUGAACAACAAAAGAGGUGCAGUUUUUGCCACGGCGAGUAGAGGGCAUUUGUUCUCAUGCGGUAUAGGCAUGAGGAAGCCCUCACAAAAUCUGUGAUGCUAGAAGGGCAUGCAUCACAGACGUCAGGAGUCAUGCAAACUGUGCAUGACAAACCUUGCAUCCUACUUCCAGACAUCCAGGGAUAUUUGCAUUUGAUAUCGAACCAGAACGAACGGCUGGAGAUCUUGAAGUCGGCGACCUUGUUAUUUUGAGGAAAAACGUCCCCACCCCAGAGUUGUCAUGUAAAUCUGCAUGCCAAAAAAGUUUCUCUUGCGGAGCCCCAUGAGAGCCGUUUUCUAGUCGUGUUUUGGAAUUUGUGAUGCUAGAAUCGGCAUGAUGUGCUAGAUCUGUGAUGCUUCGGAACUAGGUAAACUGGAUUACACUACGAGGGCAAACUUGUCAUGCGGAAUAACCAAAGCUGGAUGAUUUGUCUAGCAGAUUUCCCAUUUUGACUCUGGUGUGGGUACGUUUUUACUCAGGAUAGUUGUCCCCGGUGAAGAAGGCUUGCCUCCUCGACGGCGUGAAUUUCGUGCAGCCGAUCUCGAACUUGCGACCUUUCAAGGACUCGGUCCGGAACACGGAGAAGGCGAACCUGCAGAAAGUGAGCGGGGUGGGCACGAUGCCGGAAACCUCGCCGAGUUCGUCCCCGGUUGUGCAGGGAAACAAGGGGUACGGGAGUGGCGAUUCCAACUGGCGCGGCGGGGGUGGUGCAACUACAUCCGGUGGGAACAACAAGGGUGCUGGGAAGUACAACGAUGCUUCGUCUUGGGGUACCACCGGUCAACAGAACAACAACUCCUGGGGCUCCGGUGGUAAAAACGACAAAAACAACAACUCGUCCUCCUGGGGCGGUAACGACAAAUCCGGGAAUUGGAACAACGCGAAGGGGGGAAAAAAAUCUUCCAAAGACAAUUCCUACGGCUAUGGGAAGGACAACAACGACCAGUGGGCCGCCGAGUGGAAGAAGGCCAAGGGCCAGACGGGCGGAAAAAAUUCCUCUUCUUGGGACGACCAAAACUCUGGCUACAAUGGCAACAAAGGCGGGAAAAUGAACGCGAAAUCCUCUGGAAACAACGGCAAUUCUUGGGACAACAACCAGUCGUGGGCGGGAAACAACACAGACAACAACUCGUCUUGGACGAACAACAGCAACACUGGGAUGAACAAGAACAACCAAAAUCAGAAGGGGAAUGGGAAGAUGAAUAAAGGGUCCAAAGAGACCGGGACCGCCGGCAAGAACCAGUACGGGGGAAAGAACGCCACUGAUUCGAACAAUACCGGGUCCAAUCCCUCCUCGGGCCUUUCCUACCCCGCCCGGACCUCCACGGUGACCGGCGCUGCACAUCACAACCUGGUCACUGCGGACUUUGGGGACCAGUCCCCGUAUGCGCCGGCGCCACGGGCGCACCAGAGCAUGGGCUACGGUGCAGGUGGGAACAACAACCCCUCUGGGGACACGCCGGAAGGACGAUUGACCGCCCCCGCGGAACUGGUAUUUCUUUGCUUCUGCUUUUUUUGUUCUUUCUUCUCGCACGUUUUAGUGUUUUAGGAUUUAGGGGCUGGUUUGUUCUUCUGAACGACUUUCGCUAGUACUCGAGGAGCUACAACUUAGUGUAGACGAGUUUUGAUCCUCAUAUAAAAAUUGCGAACGAGUAGAUUUUUUCCAAAAACAAAUCCAACUACAGACCCAAGGCCUGUUGGACCACAUGACGGACCUGACGGGCAACCCCCUAGUGGACCCGAGCUCCCCGGGUGGUCUCGACCUGAUGCUGAAUCCCCUGUACAACCCGUUCAUGGCCCAGGCGUUGGCGGGGCAAACGCCCGGCGGCGCUCCGGAUCAUGGUGUUGGUGCCCAGAACUUGAUCAUGCCGGGAGCACCAGCCGGGUUCGGCGGAAUGGGAGGUGCUUCUAACUUCAACCCGAUGUUGCUCGGAGGUGUUGCCGGGAAUCUGAAUGUCCAGAUGGGACAAUUCUCGGGAGCAGGGAUGGACCCCAUGGCCAACUUUGCCUUGCAAAUGACCAUGAUGCAGCAGGGAUUGGGAGCCGGGGCUGGAGCUGCAGCUGGUGUUGGUGGUCACGGUCUCAUGCCGUUGCCGAUGCCACAAUCGACGUCGCAGAACAAUCAACAUGGUGGGUAUGGCGCUCCGCAGCAGGGGAAAAAAGGAAACUCGAAAAACACGAAAAAGAACAACCGAUCGAAAUAGAUUUCGCGUUGGAGGUGUUGUGGAAAAGUUAUACACAACAGCAUAAAAUGCAUACGACAACAUCAAAAAAUCAGACUUAAUAUACCAGUAUGCGUAAGAGGACUACAGGACGCCAACAUCGUCCCAAAAACUUCUGUUGCACAUCAAGCCAUACGUUUCGCACGACCAAACAGAAAAUGUGAUUUUCAAAAUUUUCUACCGGUAUAAGAAAUGGAUAUGGAACAAGCUGGGACGAUCGGAUUUGACGAUGACAAUAUAUAAGUAGAAGUGCACGACGUCACAACACGACAACGACUCCCCUGACAAUAAAACUAGAAGUACAUUACGGCAAACAACAAGUUUCGCGGCGACGAGAGCAAUAGUAAAACACCCAUUCUUGUACAACUAGUACUAAACAUCUACACGACACAGCACAACAAACAUCGAGAUGAGCACAACAAGAUCAGAUUACAACAAGUCUACUUUGUUUCGGAAACGGAAAAAAUCUCUUUCUCCCCGUCUUGUAGUACCUUCGGCACGACCCGCCAUUGGACUACAGACGGGACGAUUAAGAGUUUUUUAUUUCAACACAUUAUAUUGGCGAGCUAAAAAACACCAUCACGACCGAGGCUGCUACGGAAUAGUUGACACAACUUGUUGCGGCACAACUACUUUUGGCAGUGGCCACUGGAAGUAGAUGAAGCAGCCUCGGUUCUUACUUUAUUUCCAGAAGAACUUUUUUUCGUACCACCCUAAAAUUUUUUCUUUCUCAAGUUAACAUUUUCAAAAAAUUGAUAGAGCGCGACAACCAUUGCAGCUUCCUGUCGGGUAGAGUUUUUCCUCACUAUACCACCGUCAGAAGUGCAGUCGUUAUCUUUAGCUCUUCCACGUAGUUUAUUUCGAAAAAAACGUAGCUCGUCCAGCACUUUGAUGUCUAACCCAAAUCUAGAGAAAAAUCCAGUUCGACCUAAAAAAUCUUUUUCAAAAAAUCUUUACCUCGAUUAUUUCUCCAGUCUUAAAAAUGUCCCACGCCAUUAAGUUCUUUGAUUUAUUCAAGAAACAAAAACCUCACUACUUACCCCCGGCCGCGCAAGAUGAAUACUUAAGAACUUUUCAACAAACUUGUUCCGAAGAAUUCGAUUUCCAUGAAGACCUAAGCAGUAUGAUUUUUCAGGCCUUUGCUCCACCUAGAAGAUAAUUCCAUCGCGAUGUUGGGGAAGAUCGAUAAUGACGCGUGCUUGAUUUAUUCAACCUGGAGGUAGUACUCCUAAAAAUUGCAGCCUUCUGGUUGCAUCCUUCUUGCACGCGGCCGCGAUAGUAGUUAGACCCCCUGCAGCGGGGUCCGACUCCGAACCAAAACGAUAGCAUUUCGUGAACCCUGUAGUCGUGCGUGUAGGAGCUUCUUCUCGACGAAUUAGGCCUGAAUAAAUCUAUACACAACUACGACAGAGCGCUGCAACAUCUUUUAACUGCUAUACGACGAUGUAGUCGAGGGUGUAAAACUAUAGCAUAGCGACCGCAGCGAGAAGAUGACGACAAACAUAAAAGGUCUUUCAAUUUUAUUUCUAUCCAAGCUGCAUAGCUUCAUUUUCUGAGUCAACUUAUCCCAUAUUUAGGUCAUGUUGCUGGUCUACUACACAAUACAUUCAACACAUGGCUGCUGCUCGACUUCUGGUCUUAAAAUAUUUUCAACAAAAAGUAAAUUAUCGGUUCAAAGAGAAAGUAUACUGUAAAAAGAACGGAUUGUCUCGUCCAGCUUUUGCUCGCUAUUGUCAACACAUCAACUAUAGUAACUUACAACUACCAGUUGUACACUAGGCAAGAGUUGCAAGCAGAGAACCGAUCAUACCUGUAAAAGGUGGACAACUACUAGUAGACAUCCGAAAAUAAAUUUAUAAACCGCAUUUACAAACAAAAAGCGACCUCCGCGUGGCUGAAAAUGAAAAUCAUUUGAAGCAAGAAGUCAACAACAUCAAACGACAGUGGCGGCAAGCCUACAUUUCAUCCACAAAAACUACUUACACAACUACAGCCUUUGGUAAUAUAUAAAGCUGGUUUUCAAGAACAAAUCAGUCGAAAUAUUAUCCAUUGGCCCAUUCAAUACAGUGAAGAACAACCUUGAGCAGAACAUUCCAUCGAGAAGAAGCAGAUGAAGCAGUCGAGAGAAAAUUCAAACUAUAAGACAAAAUUUUGUAAUAUGAGUCCGACCUGUACUGGUACAAUUUGAAUUUUGCAGUCGAGAAGAAGUCCUCUUCAUCUUUUUUUUUUCGCACCAGUAGAACUACUACAAGCCUGUUGUGUACGUACCUACUAGUAGUCGAAAAAUAGAAGAUGAUUGAGAAGUUCACCGGAGGUGGCAGUACUACUUCUAAAAGUCUGAGUGGACUACUUCUAAAUUUUCCUUCAAAUAACAAUUUUCUUUUCAAAAGCAAUUUUAUCAAAAAAACACAGCAGCAGCCAGCAGGAAGUAGUGCAGCUGCUCGAUAGAUUGUUUAGGAGGCAGUGUAGGCUGAAAAAUUUUAAUAUGAGGUGGAUUUUUUAUGAACAGGUAUACGGGAUUCAACAUCGAGCUUCGAGAAGGCGGUAGAUGGAAGAUGAAAAAAAUUGCUUCACAGGGAACGAUUCAAGUAGACCAGCACACGACUUAGUAUUGAAUGGC